CAGGAAAAGUUCGAAAUCUUCGAACAGAAGGAUCAGUAUCAGGUUCACUGAUAGACAUAACACUGACCUGGGAUUCGCCUGAUCCGGACAAACCAAAGGGAAUCAUCCUACACUACAAAGUUGCCUACGGGACCAGCGAAGCUUCCAUGGGAACCCCACAGACUACCGUCGGUAACCAGACAAUGUAUGUACUGAAUGGCAUAACAGCUGGCAGUACCUACAUUAUUCAAGUUUGGGGAGUGACAUCCGCAGGGGCCGGUGAGAUAGAAACGAAGACGAUUGUGAUUCAACCCAUCCCAAAUCCACCAACAAGCGUCGACGUCAUUAACGCUAGACGCUGUGCCUGCGUGACCGGCGACGUUACGGACAAAGCCACAGCGACAGUGACGUGGGAUGCACCGGAAGGAGACAAUGGUGACGUCAUGGGAUACCACAUUUACUACUUCCGUGGCGAAACAGGUGGACAGCGGGAAACCGUAACGACCGGAGGCCUAACUGGACAACUCGAAAAUCUUGAACCGGACUCAAAGUAUACUGUGACGGUGGCCGCUUACAAUUCAAUUUUCACCGGGACCGAAAGUGACCCAGCAAUAGUUUACACCCCUGAUGGAUGCCCGAGUCCUCCAACAAAUUUAAAUGCUGUCAAAUCUUCAAAUACUUCCGCUGUCAGUUGCACCAUUACAUGGAAUGCACCUGCUGUGACUAAUGGGGAUCUUACAAACUAUAAGAUACUCUACCGAUGGACAUGGAACCAAGUUCCUGAAUACCCCAGUGAGAAUGAGAUAGAAAGCAUUACGAGUGACACAGUGAUGAUAGACACGAUGACUAUGACAAAGGAGGUAGGUCCGAACAAGAAGCUCAGCGUCAGAGUGGCCGCAUCAACGUGUUACGAAGGCGAACCUUCAGAGGAGCUGGAAUUCAUCUGUAUCAACCCUGCCACAGGUAGAAUAUUUCUUUCUGUUCACAAUGCACAUUGGUUCAUUGUAAAGUAG